UUGAAUCUCGACAAAACUCCAAUAUGCUUACCAAACCAAAACAAUUGACCAUAUCCAAUAUUACGUUUUACAUUGAAGGAAUUUUUCAUACGCAGCCUCUCAGCAAUGGCGUGGAGAAUUUAUGCGGCAGAUCUUAUAUGCAUCUUGGCUAUCCAACUUCUGACUCAAGCCUUUGGGAUCACAAACGACACAACAAUAUCUCAGGCAGUUGUUCCAGAUUUUUCUGUACAAGGUAAAAUCUAUUCUGAAAAACUUAAUCCGACUAGAAGUGAUCUUCUUGAUGUAGAUGCAGUUACAAAUUCUCUAUAUCUUUCCCCAUUGACAUUUAGAUCAAAUUAUGACGAAAUGCUUGAGAAAUUCAAGAUUUAUAUCUACCCUCGUAAACAACAAGAUUUCGGGUCCCCUGAGUGGUGUGGCGAUCAGAGAUUUAGAGACCUUGACAAACAUGGUGCCUCGUUUUACGAAAACCUUAUCAGUAGUGAUUUCGUUACAGACGACCCUGAAAAGGCCCACUUGUUCUUCCUGCCAUUUUCAUUAGAUGCUUCGGGGACUAAGUCAACAGCAAGUGUUUCUAGGUUUUUGAGAAGAUAUAUAGACGAUUUGAAGAGCCAAUACCCUUUCUGGAGUAGAACCCUAGGUGCAGAUCAUUUUUAUUUUUCAUGUGAGGGAAUAUUGACAGAUUCUUCUCGAAGUGUUGUUGAACUGAAGAAAAAUGCAAUUCAGAUCUCCUGCUACCCCCUUGCCCUCUCUGUUGAAGGUGCUAAGGCAAGGUUUUUCCCACACAAGGACAUAAGCAUGCCUCCUGUGGAAUCAGUAACGGAUGUUCAUCAAACCCCAAAACUUCAACAAAGUGACGGAGAAUCUAGAACUAUUUUUGCCUAUCAUGUGGGUGCACCUGCUGGUCUUGACUCAGUUCUUCAGCUAUGGAAAAAUGAUCCAGAUUUUGUUUUGGAUCCCUUGCUUCCAGAGCCUAAUCUUUAUUUCCAGAGGUUGUCUUCAAGUAGGUUCUGCCUGAUUUUCUUCGGCGAUGGUGGUAAUUCAUCAAUCCUGGUGGAUGCAGUGAAAUUUGGGUGUAUUCCAGUUAUAAUAGCUCAGGGUCCCCUGUUUGACGUACCAUUUCAGGAUAUCCUUAAUUGGCAAGAAUUUGUGAUUAUUUUGAAUAUGAGACAGGUUAGUAACCUGAAGCAAACGCUACAGAACAUACCAGAAAGCCAAUUGCAGAAGAUGAAGACUCUAGCCAUUCAAGCAAGCGAACAUUUAAGGUGGCACUCUACUCCGCAGCCAUAUGAUGCAUUCUACAGUCUAAUGUACCAGCUGUGGCUUCGACGACACACUAUCAGAUAUGCUCGGAGGCAUAUAAGUAGCUGAAGGAGAACAAGAUUUCAAAUUGCUGAGAGAAAGCAAUGCCUCAUUUCAUAAUCUCAUGUAAGUUUAGCUAAUUUUGGUGAAGAUACAAUGCUGCAAGUUUGGUUAUUUGCACUAUGCUUGAAAGUGUUUCAGAGUAUGUGCUAAACUUGCAGUAUAGUAACAUUCACCUUCUGAAAAUUCAAUAAACUAUUGAGAUUUCACAUAGAACUACAUUUCCCAAAUGUUGCAUCUUGAAUGAACGUGAAAACAUCAUAUUUUUUUGUAUAAUAAUUGUAAUACCAAGGAAGCUUUUAUUUUGAUUAGAUCUAUAAAACCGCUUUAAAUGUUUUUAACUA